AUGACUGCUGCUACACCCGGAGGAGUUUCCUACGCUGCCAUGGUCUCUGCUGGACUCCGUGUUCCUGCUGCCGAAGUAGGUGAAGCCUCCCCCAGAAGACUACCGAUUUCCGGGAUGCAUGCCGCUGGAACUGGAGGAUUACCACUGCCUCUCAAGACAGCCCGCCCUGAAGAUCCUGGUUCUUCCAUCCCAGUGAAACGCCAUGUAGCCGCCUUUGUCACCCCAACUGGUCCGCCCAUCACUAACACCAAUCACAUCCGUGUUCUCGUCGAUAAGAUCCAGGCCCGCCACUCCUCGGCUUCUUCGCCCUCGGAUGCUGCUCGGACUACCUCUUCUCAGAUGCAUGCACUUUCGUCGAGCACUCCCGCCUCCCAGCCGACCUCCUCAUGCUCGCCGUUUAUGGGUACCUCUCCGUUCGUCUGUGAAACAUGUGGAAUGGCUUUCAAGAGAAGUGGAAAGCUGAGGCAUCACUUGAAGUUGCACAUUAAGUAUGGACCUCCUUUGCCACGCCCACCGCCUGCGCAGACCUCGCCUUCUCCAGUGGCCUCACAUACACGUUCAAAGACUACUGUCACCCCCUUCUUGGCCCCGAAUAUCCUGGCCUCCAGCUCUUCCAUGGAUCUUGGUUCUCGCUCCCCGCCUACUGCACCAGAGAUUGUUGUUCCUACGACUACCACCUCUCCGUCCACCUCCUCUGCUCCUGCUCUACCUGCUCACAGUCCUGCUGAUGAGGUUUCCAACAUCAAUCCUGCCUGCUCACCUGACACAGCUACUGGACCCUCGUCUCCUGCCAAUGACUCUGUCAUCUCCUUGGAGCCGCUGUCACCGUUACCUGCCUCUCCUUCUGCAACUGCAGUCAACGACUCCCCUCCCGUACAUGCCUCUCUCCAGACGUCUCGUGUUGAAUCGCCUGCUCAGCCGUCUUCUCCGGUAUCUCAAGCUCCUCGCUCCGCUCCUUCCGAUGAGGUCACCGAUGCAUCGUCCCACCAGUUCCCGUUGACCACCUGCAGACGCGACACGGUUGUUCAUCUUGUCUUCCCUGUGUCUGAUACUCUUCACUGUACAGAGGAACACUGUAUCAGGACCUUCCACGCCAAGUCUUGGUCACAAUCCCGACACUCCUUAUGCAGACACCUGGCUGUUGCACAUGAUCUCACCAUUAGCCACACUGAGAACUGGUGCAGUCACUGUCAUCAAAGGAUUAUGUCUCGAGUCUCUCGACACGCCUGCUUCCAAGAACGCCCAGUCCUCAUUGCUUCUGGUAUCACCCACCGUUGGCAGUGUAUGUCAUGCGACUUCUCUUGCCAGACCAGAGGGGGCUACCUUAAUCACCAAGCCCGGCAUAAGCGUGAACGCCUUCGUGUGAACGUACCUGCUGUUCCUACUCCCCGCCCACGCAGACGUCGAGAAAGGACUACCCGACAUGUAACAUUCACCACAGACUCUUCUCCAACGUUGCCCCAGGAUGACUCUGCUCCUCUUCCUACCUCGCCUGUGCCUUCUACUUCGAACUCUACUCCGGAUCUGCCUGCUGUGCCCAUCCCUAGCGCCACCCACUCCCCAAUGGAUAUCGAUGGGUCAAGCGGAACUCCUGGUAACCACCGUACCUCUACUGACCGCGAGGAUACUCUAUCACCAUCACCUAUCUCCGCCACUUCUGAUCUGGACCAUGGUGCUCCUGAUUUCAGCGAAGACAUUCCUGCCCUUCCCGUGGAGCCGCAACCGUCCUCACCGCUGGAUCACUUUCACGAACGUCUGGACGCCUUCUCUGCUGUUGACCUCUCCGCUCACUGGGAUGAUGUACUGAGUGUCCUGGAUGACAUCUACAAAACCGCUGCUGAGGUGGUUCGCCUUCCCCCACCUACAGACACUCCCACUGGUUUGCGCAACUCUCCGCCACCAUGCAACGAUCCCAAGUUCAUCCAAAAGCUUUACAAAAGAAAUAGACGCAGAGCUGUACGUCUUCUCACAGAAGGAGAUUCCGCCAGAUGCUCUAUCAGCCGGCAAGACCUCCAGGACUACUUCGUAGCCUUGCAAAGAGUUGGAUCCAUUGACUCAUCCUUCUACUCCGCACGAGAUCCUCCUCCCGACCCUUUGGAUUUAUCGCCCUUUACUCCAUCUGAAGUGGCCAGUAGACUGCACGCCUUUGAAAACUCGUCACCAGGACAUGAUCGCCUCACUUAUAACCACUGGCGAUCUGUCGAUCCUGAGUGCACCAUUCUUGCAAAGAUUUUCAACAUCUGUCUACGUGCUAAGAGGAUUCCACAGAGUUGGAAGGACACCCGGACCAUCUUACUGUUUAAGAAAGGAGAUCCUCUCGCACCAGAAAAUUGGAGACCGAUCUGCCUUAGUGUCACCAUCUUUAAACUCUUCUGUGGCUGCCUGGCUCGAAGAUUUACCAACUGGAUACUCAACAAUGACGUUCUAUCACCUGCUCAGAAGGGCUUCCUGCCCUUCGACGGCGUUUUUGAAAAUAAUUUUAUCGUCCAGCAACGUAUUCAACUUGCAAGAACGUCUAAAUCCGAUCUCUGCCUUGCCUCACUGGACAUUGGGAAUGCGUUUGGUGCACUUCCACAUGCUGCUAUCUUUCAGUCUCUGGACUCUGCUGGCGUCGGUGCUGACUUCAUCGAUACCAUCCGCGACCUAUAUGACAACUCUUCUACCCGCAUCAUCACCCAGGAUGGCCUGACGGAUCCCAUCUUCAUUGAAUCUGGAGUGCGCCAAGGUUGCCCGCUGAGUGGGCUCCUUUUCAAUGUUGCCAUUGAUCCUAUCCUCAGAGUCGUCCAGGGCCAGGCUCAAGCCCACCGCAUACUUGCCUAUGCAGAUGACAUCCUUCUUCUUGCCUCUAUCCCCCAGGAGCUACAAGUACAACUGGACAUGGUACAUGCACUUUCUGCCAAAAUUGGGCUUGCACUCAACCCCAGGAAGUGCUUUUCUCUUCAUCUCUCUGGCUCCCGCCCCAUCGGCACAAGAGACACUCCCUUCUUCCUGGAUGGUGUACGUCUUCAUGCUCUUGCUGACGGUGAGGAAGGUGUUUUCCUGGGCAAGCCUAUUGGUUUCCAACUGCCACCAGAUGCAAAUGCUCUUAAUGCAUAUAUAGAAAAAUGCAAAGUGCUGCUUGAAUCCCGCCUUGCACCGUGGCACCGCCUUGACGCGCUGAAAUCUUUCGCCUUCCCAUCUAUGAAUUUCGACAUGCGGAUGGCACGCCUGAAGAAGACUGAUUGGGCGAAACUUGAUGAUUUUAUCCGCCCUCUCCUUAAACAGACGCUUAAUCUCCCACCUGAGGCGGCGAAUGAAUACCUGUUUGGGGACUCUAAGAUGGCAUGUCUAGGGUUACCCCUUGCAGCGGAAAAUUCAGAUAUUGCUCGAAUUGAUGGAGCUUUCAAGCUUUUGACCUCCCGUGAUCCAUCGACUCAACUCUUGGCCUGGGAUGAUCUUACUCGCCUUGUCUCCAAGCGGAUCUCCAACACUCCCUCACCGCAAGAUCUUGCCGCCUUCCUCUCCGGCUCUAAUGAUGGAAUACUCGCUACCAGCUCCAACCCCAUCUCUUCUAUCUGGUCAGCUGCCAGAAGUGCUUCUCGCCGGUUAAAUGUCACCUGGGAAGUUGCUGCGAACAACUCUGUGUCUCUGAUCCACAAUGGUACCAUGAUCUCGCAAGGCAAGCGUCAUCUCGUUUUCAGAACCCUUCGCACAGCCCUCAAGAAAGCUAGGACUACAAAACUCCUCUCGUAUCCUAAUCAGGGAAAAGCCAUUGAAUGUGCUGCUGCUGCCAAAACAAGUUCCCACUUCUUCAGAGAUGGCUCAUUCACCCGUUUUGCGGAUUGGCGAUUCGUUCACCGGGCAAGGCUCAACCUCGUCCCUUUGAAUGGUGUCCGACGCUCGACGAAUGGUACCCGUGGCUGCCGCCGUUACAACUAUCAUCUUGAGACUCUUCCACACGUGAUCUGCCACUGUAUGAGAUAUAGUCGACUUUUCCAGGCUCGUCACAAUGCAGUGGUGGAGCGUAUCAAGAAAGCGGCUGCUGGCAGAUGGGUCGUGCUGUCUGAGAACCAGGUGCUCCGUGGACAUGCUCUCCGCCCUGACCUUAUCCUUGUGAGAGAUGAUUUCUGUCUGGUGCUGGAUAUCACAAUCCCCUUCGACAACAGGCAGUCCGCCUUCGACUCUGCUAGGAGGGAGAAGAUUGAGAAGUACCGUCCACUGGUUAACACCCUUCGCCGCAGCUACAGUGAUGUGCGCGUUGACGCCAUUGUGGUUGGUGCUCUUGGGUCUUGGGACCCAAACAAUGAUCGUGUCGUACACAGCCUAUGCUCCAGACGAUAUGCUUCUCUUAUGAGAAAGCUGAUUGUUAGCGACACGAUUAGCUUCUCCAGAGAUGUCUACGUUGAACAUCUUACGGGGGUCCCGCAAAUGCGACAACAGAGGCAGGCUUCUGCAAUACAAUGGACAGAGGCAAGAGACCACUUCACAAGGACAGAGGCAUGA